UCUAUGACCACCAAAAAACCUUCAAAACAUCAAGCAAAAGUCAAAUUCUAUCAAGUUCUUUUGUUAUUAUUUAUUCACUAAAUUCCAGUAUGAAUACUUAUUAAAUUACACAAGUAACUAAUACCUAACCGUGCGAAUUCCACGAUUCUGCGAUGUCUGACAUACCGUGCGCGAUGUCUCCGGCUGCGAUGUCCCCCGCCGUCUAUGACUCGGGGGCGCCGUCACCACCCGCCCCCGUCCCCGCCCCUUGCAUGCGGUCCUGCUCGCCCCCCCGCGACAGCCUGUUCCUGCUCGAGGUACUCGUCGACAAGGUCACCUUCAAGAAGGCUCCAUGCUUCGCCGACAAGGACUUCAAGACCUGCGUGGCGGUGGCGAGCCCUGUCCUCGCCCCCUUCGAGAUCUGCGACGACGAACCCGACUCGGGUCCUCCCACGCACUCCCCUUUCAGCAGAAACUUCAACAACGGCAAGUCAUGCCUCUUCUGCAUGAAAGAAGCCGACAUCAAGAAAUCCAUGGCGAAAUUCCCCAUCAAAAUCCAAGUCUUCCGCACGCUGCCCUGUGGCUGCAUUCCUACUAAAAUCCUGAUGGGCCAAGCCGACAUCGAUAUGACGAAGGAGUUUAUUGAGACCCGCAAUCGCCAUAUGCAGGACCCGAAUGCCGUCAGCUACCAAGCGUUGAAGGACACGUUUCAGCUGCAUGUGGAUGGGGAGCCUACAGGAGACAUAUCCAUGUACAUCCGCAUCUCUUGCUUCGGAAAGCUUAUCUGUACGAAGUUCCAAGGAGCUGGAGGGUCGCUAGCUUUGGGGCAAGGAGGGACUGGUGUGACGGACCGGUCCUGCAAAUUUGAGAGGGACUUCCAGACCCCUGAGGCCCCCUGUGCCUGCGGGGUGGCAUUUGGCCACGGCGGGGGUGUGGGAGGGGCGAGGGGCAAGCCGCCAGGCUCUGGAGGCGUCUGUCCCGAAACGGGGUCACCUUGCCCUAAAUUGGUGGACGUGUACAACAGCACCCCGUGCGAGCGCGAUGAGCCGUGCUACUGCUGCGGGCCGAGACCGGAGCCCCCAGACCCCGCCGCCUGUCGCAACACCGACAAAUACUGCCUCCACGUCCCGAGAGGUAUCAGUAACAAACCGAAACAGUUCGAAGAAAUGGGCACGAGCAGUCACGGCCACGAACUCAAAAUAAAGGUGCCGGUCGCCGCAGCAGUGAUCAAGAAGCUGAGCCAGACCUGCUGCUGCCUACAGCGCCCUUUCGAGGACAAAGAGGAUCGGAAGAAGAAGGAGGCAUGUGAAGCUCCGUGCGGCAAGAAUCAGAUAAGCCUAGCGCUGCCGAAUGAAGACAUCUGCUGCAACGGGCCGCGGCCACAGAUGACCCAGUUCACUUGCACCACAGAGGGUUGCACGCAAGCGUCCAAGCACGGCCAAGCAGCCAAUGCCUCCCGUCCCUUCGUAGACCCCAACCCCAACCGAGACACCUUCGUGCUGAAGGUAGCCAAAACGGCCAUGCAAGGCGACAGGAAGGUCAAAAUGGAAAUGGAACUGGUCACUCCAAAGGGGCCUGACAAAAGACUGCCCGUGCAGAAAGCCGAUACGAAGACGCAGUCGGAGUUUGCUUGCCUGUGCGGAGUCAGGAGGCUGAAGAGGGCACGAAGGCCGAUCAAAUCAUAUUGCUGUCCGCCGGGCAACCGCGUGAUAUUCCAGAUGCCGACCGACACGUGCGGCACCGGCCACCGGCAGACCAUGCACUUCAACACCGCGCCAGGGUACGGAGACAUCAAGCGGGAUGAUCCCAACAAUCCAACAAAAGAAGAGUACCCAGGAGUGAAGUGUGACCUGGGCAAGCAGGUGAUCAAGCUGCGUAUAGGACGGACUGUCGAGUGGGCGGGACGCAAGUCUAAGCUGGAGUAUCAGUUUAUGACGCCGGUGGCCACGUCGGAAGGGGUGUCGAGGGUUGAUGCUCGCAGCGCCCAGUGUGACCCCACUUACUGCCGGCCAUGCUGUGAACUCCAGUCGCACCGAAAUCCAGCUGAAGAAGAGAGCAUCGAGAGGCAUCGCAGAGUCAUGGAACCAUCAAGCCAUCCACAACAGAAUUCCAAUACUUCAGAACCCAAGAAACACCCCGUGUCGAAACGACAUGAAUUUUUAAACACACUGAGCAAAACUUCUAUACAAUCCUCUAUUUCCGAAGACAGGUAUCAUCUAUACGAUCAACUCACAAGUAAAGCCAGUUACGGACUAUUUGGCGGAACUGUAACAGUCAUGUACGGAACGCUACUGGACUCUGCCAACAACUACCUCUGCAAUUCCAGCACUCAAGCCACAGCCCUCAUCAACAAAUGCCUGCAAGUCCCAUGCAACUUUAACAGCAUAAACCGACGACAUAUCAACACUGCACUUCUACCGCAACAGAAUUAUAGUGCAACUGAAAGCGUAACUUACGUCGUAGAAAAUUGUAAAAAGGGAAACCUAUUUAGAAAACUGGAAAAGAAAAAGUCAAAAGGCAAAGAUCCAUGCCUCUGCCAAAAGAAAGGAAAGGUUGAACCGAUUUCCCCAAUGCAGGCCAAAUGCAUCAUUCCGGAGGAUGAAAAGCAGGCAAAAGCUGUGGCGUCAACUUGCUUAUGUUCGCAGAAACCUUCUAAAAAUUAUGGCUUGGUAGGAGUAUGUCAGCACACUACAAAGGCGGAAAACGUUAGUAAAGGAGGCUGUGCAUGCCCACAAGAUGAGGCAAAGAAGUCAGGGUCACCGCAAUCAUGCUUAAAAAAGCCAACUGACAACUCAGAUAAGGCAGAAAAUUAUGUGGAGAUGAAAGAAGAUAUGGAAGUGGGGUUUGUGGAUGAGGAAAAAAGCAAGAAGAAGCGAAUAAAGUGCAAUGGCACAUGUUUGAAGAAACUAUUUAGCAAUAAAAAGCGAAGCAAAUAUGCUACACAAACAGAAACGGGCAGCUCCGCCUCAACAAACACAUGCAAUAAGAAACCUCUGCAUUUAAAACCAAUAUCUAAACCGUGCCCGGAAGAUUGUCCUCGAUUAGCCGCUAAAUCUCAUCCGACCGAAAAAGAUACAGACAGUUCGGAGGUUGAUGCUACUGUGUCUUAUAUACGCAUUGGACCAAACAAAGAGUGUCCUGCUUACGCGAGUCCUUGUCCUCCUCCCUGCGUUGCUAGACCCAUCUGCAAGCCGCAGUGCUUCGUACUGACCAAUGAAGAGGCAAAAACACCGCUCAAGACAAGCAACAUCAACAACUGUCGACGGGGAGUGUUCGAGAUCGUUGUUCGCCGCUUGACGGGAGCUCCGCUAGCGAAGAACGAGCUGAUGCUGGAGUGGUCUCCUCCACCGGUCAAGGCCCCAUGUAAACUGCCCGGCUGCAAAGUGCCACCGAGAUGCCCUCCAAUGCCAUGCGUCAGCAGGGUUAGCAGACCACAGUCUUCCUGUAAGAAGCCUUGUCCACGACCAUCCUGCGGUCGAAGUUGUGCGAAGCCUCCUUGCGCUCAGCCUUGUUUCCAGAAGAAGCCGUGCCGUGGUCCACGGACUAGAAAGACGUAUAUAGUGAAGGCUAGGUCUCAGGGUGGUGGGGGAUGCCCGCCGCCGCCGUGCCCGCGCGUGUGCGUGGAGCCAUGCAGCAGCUCGCCAUGCAUGCGGCCGUGCCCGGUGGGUCGCGGGCGCCUGCGCCGCUGCAAGAGCCUCCCGCGCCCGCGCCCGCGCCGCCCCCUCAUCUCGCCCUGUCGCAACCGCGUCACCUGCCCACUGCUGAAAUGCUGCGGCGCCGGCGCCUGCUCGCACAAAGCUUGUAAGACUAAGAAGUUCUUCAAGAGCCAGUGCCUGCCUCCUUGCCCCACUCCCUGCUAUCCGGCGUGCCCCGCGCCCUGCCCACCUUGUUGAAGCGUAUCUAGUAUAGGUACCUAGAUACAGAUUAAAACUGAUCAAAACGAAAUUAAAUUGAUGCAUACUACGACUAAAAUAAAUGAAUGAGUAAAUAAUAAC